AGCAGCACAACUGAUAGAGAUAGCGAUUGAUACCAGCAGGUUUGCAGAACAGAGAAGAAAGAGACAGUGAAGUGAGAGCAGCUGCUAAGCCAUGGCUCAAGCACAGGCGACGCGAGGCGACCCAAUGAAGGCCCAGCAGGAGCAGCCGGAGCCCAUCCAGUACGGCCACGUCUUCGCCGUCACGGGCGACCUGGCCGUGCAGGCCAUCGCGCCACGGGACGCGGAGGCCAUGCGCACCGCCGAGGAGAGCGUGCAGGGCGUCCCGGUCCCGCAGGCCAGCGGCGGCGGCUUCAGCGCGGCGGUGGCCAUGGAGACGGCCGCCGCGUACAACCAGGCCGUCGGCGCCGUCCGCCCCGGCCAGGCCAGCGACGCGGCCACCAAGCAGGGCAUCACCGUCACCCAGACCGCCGUGCCCGGCGGCCGCAUCGUCACCGAGUUCGUGGCGGGUCAGGUGGUCGGGCAGUACUCCGUGGCCGACCAGGCGAUGAUGCAGCAGCAGCAGCAGCAGGUGGUGGAGGAGGACGCGAGCAAGGUGACGAUCGGCGAGGCCAUGGAGGCAGCGGCCCUGUCCGCGGGCGAUCGGCCCCUCGAAGAGGCCGACGCGGCGGCCAUCCGCGCCGCGGAGACGCAGGCGCAGGGAGCGGACGAGGUCAUGCCCGGCGGCCUGGCCGACCAGGCGUGGGCCGCGGCGAGCGCCAACGCCUGGGCCGAGCGCGACGAGGACAAGAUCACGGUCGGCGAUGUCCUCUCGGACGCGACGACGAAGCUGGCGGACGACAAGCCGGCGGCGAGGGAGGACGCGGCCAGGGUGGUGCAGGCGGAGACGUACAGCGACGCCGGGGCGCGCACCAAGGCCGGCGGGGUGGGCGCCGCGGUCACCACGGCGGCGAGGCUCAACCAAGAGGACGACGACGACGACGCUUGAAUUUUCGCGUCGUGCCACGUCUCGUGUGUGCGCUGUACCCUCGGAUCAGACGGGAACACGCAGAACAAGAUCGUGUGUGUAACCUUUACAGGAGAGCAUCCUGUUGAGUGAGGCGAAUCAAGGCAGUAGUAGAUUCAGCCAGCCUUGCGUGUAAUAAACGAAUAACAGUGUUGGCCCGUCUGUGAAUCUGUACAUGUUUUUCUUUUCUCUGCGGGUGUAGCAGUAUGUCGUGUGCUUUUUACUCGAUGUUUCGCUCAAGUUCAAGUCUGUUUCAGCUA